AAGGGCCCCGCUCCUUUUCUCUCUGCUUCAAGGAUGGCUUCUUCCCUUUGCUCUCCUUCCUCCUCUUCCAUGCUUUGGCUGCCUUUGCUCUUCCUCCAGGCGGCCGCCGAGCCGUACGUGCCGCAAUCCCCGCACCAAUGCCGAAACCCACAAACGGAGCAUUAUGUUGAAGCCAUCAAGAAGUGUUGCCGAUCGUGUCCUCCAGGUUUCCGCGUCCUGCGCGCUUGCACCGAGAGCGCCGAUACCCAGUGCGAAUCGUGCAACGAAGGGAUGUACACGACUGCGUGGAGCCAAGCCGAACGCUGCUUCAGCUGCGUCCCGCCAUGUAAAGCAGUCCUACAGUGUUCCCUCGCUUCUUCGCGGUUUCGCUUUUAG